CUGUCUUCAACAAUACUAUAAAAGGGCCUGUAUCCUUCCCGUAUUGCCAUCAAUUCACUGCAUUCUAUCCUCGCAUAGCCUCUUUAUUCCAGUCGCUUUCGUGAGCAAGCAAUCUAUUUUCCUUACCCCAGAGUCUACGGGUGUAAUAUCUUUUUUAAUUCUUGCUUACUACAUUCCCGUUCCAGCAUCACUAGCUCUGUGACCUUGGAACAGUUUGUCUACAUCGCACGCUACUACAGAACUUACAGCUGCAAUUACCAAUUCAAUUCUUAGUGCAACAACACAGGAACCCCACACUUUGCUAGGACUCUUUGUGUUUGUUUCUCAUACUCGACUUACGUAUUAGUCCAGAUUCCGAAGACUAUCCAGCCGUUUCCGCUAUUACAGUCAUCGGAUCCCUUCUCCACCUUUGACGUCAAACCCCUCAAUUCGUCGCGGCUUCCGAAAGAUUUCCAGUAUCGGCAAGUGACGACUUCAGCGACUUGCUAAUUCGACGAGGUUUACACACUUCGUUCAUUCAAUUCCCGGCUAGUCUAGCGAACAACUUUUGUUGAUCUGAUUCCCGGUUUAUUUAAGCAGUUGCAAUCCGCUCUUUAAAGAACCUCAACAGCAACAUACCUAUCUUUUUGUUUACAAAGCACCCAUUGCUUAUUCCGAGAAGUACCUCUCUUUCCCGUGCACAACUAACACGAACAUGUUGAAAGGACUUUUUGUGUGGACGUUGUAUUUAGCGUCAAACCUUUUGAGCGCUUCCGCAUUUCCCGCCGAUGGCGCUGGUAGUAUCGCUCACGUGCUAAAGAAGCGCGACAGCAGCAGCAAGGACUCGAAGAAGAAGCCUAGCUAUGCUCCUUAUUACACCGAUUGUCCUUCGGAUAACAUUGUGGAGUCUGUCAGCAGCGGCAGCAUCCCUGCAGCUGAGCGCUCGUACCUCAGCACUCACAAAUCUGUGGCCGACCCAGCUAUGAAGCAAUACUUCAUAAACGCUGGUCUGCCUGGCAUCAAUGCUGAUGAUCUUGUCGGCAGCAAGGGUCCUGUGGUCGGUAUCGCCAUUUCUGGCGGCGGUUUCCGUUCCAUGUUGACUGGUGCCGGUGCUUUGAGCGCCAUGGAUUCUCGUCACAAUAACCACACCGUUUUGACCGGUCUGCUCCAAGCCGCUUCCUAUGUUACAGGUGUCGACGGCGGUGCUUGGCUGUUGGGCUCAAUGGCUGUCAACAACUUCAGUACUGUCAACCACCUCAAGGAAAAAAUCUGGCGUCUGCAACGUGACAUUCUCUUCCCUAAGAGUAUCAUUCUUUACAAUGCCGACUUCUACAAGGAUCUUGUAACAGAGACGGCUGAAAAGAAGGCCGCCGGUUUCGACAUUUCUCUAUCAGAUUACUUUGGUCGUGUUUUGUCACGUCCCUUCGUGGACCCCAAAUGGGGCGCCCCUAAUGUCUCGUUCUCGAGCAUCGAGUCGCAAGAGUGGUACGCUGACGCCGAAUUCCCUUACCCCAUUGUUAUGGCCACAACUAAGAAGCCCGAUACCCAAUUGAACCGUCUGAACGACACAAUUAUCGAGAUCUCACCCAGCGCUUUUGGUACCUUUGACCACGGUGUCCGCGCCUUUGUGCCAACUGAGUACAUUGGUACUACUCUUGACAACGGUAAGAGCGACAACGGCUCUUGUGUCGCCAACUACGACAACUUUGGUCUGAUUAUGGCCAUUGCAUCCACGCAAUUCAACGGCCUUAUGCGCAACUUCAACGACUCUUCUACGAAGAACGGUCGUGUCCUUCAAGAUUACUUGAAGGGCAACUUCACUGAAGCCAACCAGGACAUUGAGCCUAUUCCCAACCCCUUCAAGGGCCUCUCCUCUGCUGCCAAUGCUGAUGGCUUGUCGGACUCUGACAGCUUGUACCUUGCCGAUGCUUCUGAGAGCCAGAACUUGGGUAUCUGGCCCUUGAUCCAAAAGGGCCGUGACGUCGAUGUCAUUAUCGCCGUCGACAACAGUGCCAACACCGAGUACUUGUGGCCCGAUGGAAGCGCAUUGGUUGCUACCUAUGAGCGUGCUCUUGCCGAGAAGGACAAGGAAGACAGCAACGUCAAGGGUUUCCCCUACAUUCCCUCUCAAGAAUCCUUUGUCAACCUCCACUACAACGACCGCCCUGUCUUCUUCGGCUGUGAUGGUCGCAACACGACCUACGGCAACCACACUGUUACUCGUAACACUCCUCCUUUGGUUGUGUACCUGCCCAACGUCCCUUACAUCUACUACACCAACAUCUCCACGGAGCGCCUCUACUACACCGAGGACCAAGAGAAGCAACUUUUGACGAACGGUCUCAUUGGAGCCACUUAUAACAACAACACCUACUUUGGCCAAUGCGUUGCCUGUGCCGUCAUCAAGCGUACUUUGGAGCGCCAAAACAUGACCGCUAGCCCGCAAUGCCAAGAGUGUUAUGCCCGCUUCUGCUGGUCGGGCGUACAGGACAACACCGAGUCCGACACCACUUACCUCUAUGACCCCAAGCUUGCACUUUAAUCAGCUCUCUCGUGGUGAUAAUACCCAACAAAACAAAUUGACAGCAAUAUCAGCCACCUGGUGUCAUUAAUCGAUUCAAAAAUUCGAGGUCAUUGUAAGAGUAAUUCUAUUAUGUAUGUAUCGCAAAUAUAAUAUAUUCAGUUUGGUUACUUA